GGCUCAUAAAAAUCCAAAAGCCGGCAUCUUUGGAUAACUUGCUGGGAUCUUUAGAUUUUUUUGGUUCCCGUACUUUUUUUUCUAGUCUGAAAUUUAGAUUUUCGUCCAGCUGAGGACAAUCGACGAGAUAUCCUGGGCAUUAUUUCUAACAGAAUCUCAGCUUGAUAUUGAUCGCACACUAUUGCUAUUCCGCUCGCCCCUUGUACCUAAACAUUUUUCUCCACCGACUUGCCUCCGCUCCAUUCCCAGGGACUAGCUCUUUCCAAAGAGUGUAAUCUUAUACUUGGAUCAAGUGUAACGAAAAAAGCUUAAGCUACUACAUUUCAGUUUUCUCCCCUCUGAAGAACUUCCAAGAUGCCGAAGUACCACCAAGAUGACUGCCACAGGCAGAUGUCGCAAAUCGAUACUGUCCGUAACGUUGCCAUGUUGGGGUCCAUGGGUCACGGCAAGUCUUGUAUCAUGGACAACUUGGGUGCCAUGACCGGUUACCUCGCGGAGGCCAAGAUCGGAGAUCAACUCUUUUCUCUGUACAUUUUUUAGAUUUAGAUUUUUGGUCCGGGACCACCUGGACCAGCAUAGCUUUAGACAAUCAGAUUCUGCGACAGCCGCGAGACUAUGUUGUCUUUAGACUAGACUAUCUGGACGGGGUCAACUGGGCUCGCGCGAGUUUUCUACAAGUGACUCGCUCUUGUAGUCGAAACGGGUUGGAAAGAAUUUAGAUUUUUUAGAUUUUCAUUCUUGGAAUUGCAUUUUUACAUGAAGGACACGUGGUGGUUGCUUCUCACCCUAAAAUUCCCCAAUAAAAUUUAGCAAAUCCGCACGCUUUUUCAUACCACGGCCGCUGGAAGUCACCCAAGAAGCACCGAUAUAAUCUCAAUCCUAAUCUAACAAAAAAGGUACCGUGCGGACGAGAAGGAGAAGAAGUCGAACUACAAGACCAACCCGUGCCAUAUGAUGAUCGAGACCAAAUCUUCCGAAAUCAAGGGCGAGCCGGGAAAGCAAGAGCUCGGUGAACAGAAGGAAAAGUCCAAAUUCAUGUUCUGCAUGUUGGAUACUCCAGGUCACAUCGAUUACUCCCCAGAGGUCGCUGCUGCGCUUCGUAUGGCCGAUUCCACCUUGUGCACGGUCUCUGUUACUGACGGCGUCGGUGUCAUGAUGGAAUACAUGGUCUUGGACUCGUUGAAAGGUACUCUUUCAGGAUCCUCUUAAUGUUGGAAUACACGAUCCUGUACUGGCUGAAAGGUAUACUGUGGGAUUUAGGUUGAUAGACAUAGGCACCCUCUUUCCGUUAACGAUACUCUACUUUCCAAAAAAGCACCUACCAGGUAUCCGCACAUCAAACUCAAAGAGAUUCCCAUAUAGACGUCAACAACAAACCUUGCUUACAACCUUGCACUUCGUUCACAACCUUGUUCACAACCAAAACAACCUCACCACAGAGCGCUGCAAGCCGACUUUGUUCGUGAACAAGCUCGAUAUCUCCAUCAUGGUUCUCCAGCAAGAUCCGGAAGAUUUGUACCGUGAUCUCGCGAAGGUCGUCGAAUCCAUGAACGUCGCUCUUGUCGACGCUGAGAAGAUGGGCAUGAAGGGAUUCGGACUCGACCCGACUCUCGGUAUCAGCAAUUUCUUUGGAUUUAGAGUUUCCGUUGCUUCUAAUCGAGGACAAUUGUAGAUGUAGCUGCUACCGAAAAUGAGUUCCUGAUGAAGAAAUCGCGUCCCUACUUGAGAGACGCAAGCUCUCUCCACUCACUACGGCGUUCGUUUACCAAUGAUCUUGUCCUGUAUGCAUGAAGGCGAAUAUGCCUGUUGUUCUCCUCCGAGCACCAUCUACACCACCACUCCAAAUAGGAAACGUCGUCUUUGGAUCCGCCUACUACGGAUGGGCUUUUUCUCUCCGUCAGUUCGCUGCCAUGUACGCCAAGAAGAUGCCGGGUAUGACUGAGGAGAAGAUGAUGAAGCGAUUGUGGGGCGAUCAGUUCUACAACCCGGCCAAGAAGACCUGGACUACCGUCGAAGUUGAUGGAAGCGUUCGCGGGUAUUGACUUUUUCCGUUGUUGUUCCUUUUGUUCUGUGCUCCUCAAUUCAGGAGGGGAAGAUCGUAGUAGGUUUAUUGAUGUUAAUGCACACCGAACGACUUCCAGUUUCUCGUUCAACAAGUAGCUCCCUCCGAUCCCACUGUUUGUUUCUUCACUCCCACCUUUCCCGAACUGGCAAUCAGCAUUCACGGUUCUUCGCGUGUUUCCAAUGGGGCCUUUUUGUUGGAAGUAGGAUAGCAUAGAACAUCUUCCCGUUUGUUUCUUCACUCUCAUCUUCUCUUCCAAAGGACCCUCCCGAACUGCCCCACCUCAGUUUCUGCAAGUUCAUCUUGGACCCGAUUAUGCAGCUCCACAAGCUCAUCAUGGCCGAAGAUCCUAAGUGGGAAGAUCUCGCCACCAAGCUGGGCGUCUCCCUGAAGGCUGACGAUAAGAAGCUCAAGGGAAAGCAGCUCGUGAAACGUGUCAUGAACUUGUGGAUGCCGGCAGCCGAUGCCGUCGCUGAGAUGAUCGCUACUCACUGCCCGUCCCCGAACACGUGCCAGAAGUACAAGAUCGAACACAUCUACAAGGGAGAAAUGGACUCCGACAUUGCGAAGAGCAUGGUAUAUCUAGGCCGAUGUCGUGCUCAAGAAUUUGGACUUUAUUAUUGGUUCUUUUUGUGAAUCCCUCUCUAUCUGUACCACUAUUUCAGCGUAGAUUUUUAAUUGCAAGUUCAACGAAUUCAGCAUCCUUCAGGGAUUUUUUACCACCACCCCGACUAAUGUGAACAUCGACCCCUAGGUUGCGUGCGACCCAGCUGGUCCGUUGAUGAUGCACUUGGUGAAGAUGAACCCCACUGGUUCUGCCGGUCGUUUCUACGCUGUCGGUCGUGUCUUCUCCGGUACCGCCGCUACCGACAAGUACCACGUCCGCGCUCCAGAUUUCGACCCAGAAGACCCGGAAACUACCGCUUUCUCCCAGGAGGGCCGUUGCCAGAACGUGAUGUUGAACUUGGGCAAGGACAUGGUGCCAAUCUCCAACUGCCCGGCUGGAAAUAUUGUGUCUUUGGGUGGUAUAGAUCAGUUCAUGAUGAAGUCCGCCACUGUCACCUCCGACAAGAAGGCGUACAACUUCAAGAGCUUGUCCUUCAACGUGUCCUGCGUCUACCGUAUUGCUAUCCGUCCGGCUGAUAACAAGCAGCUCCCGAAAUUGGUCGAGGGUUUGAAGCGUUUGCAAAAAGCAGAUAUCAUCGUCCAGUGCGUGUCCGAGCCGACCGGAGAUCACAUCGUCAGUGGGUACUGCUCAGUUAUCCCUUAUUUGUUUACUUAUCUUAAGAUUGACUUUAUUGACAACAACAUAUACUUAUAUCCAUUGACACGGCUGUAGUAUCUGAAGAUUUGCAACGCUGACCACUCCUUCUUUUAUUCUUGUCUCCACACGAGGUUUCGAUCAUCUUGAAUAAACUUCCAGCCUCCUCCAACGCAAUGCCUUUAACAUCUCUCACAUCCAUCACCGUUCAAAUGACACAGUUGCGGUGAAGAGCACUUGAAGCUCGUCCUGAAGGACUUGAAGGAAGACCACGCUGGUGUGGACUUUACUCGCGGUGUGCCAACUGUGUCCUAUAAGGAGACUGUCACCAGUGAGUGCGCCAAACCAGCUCUCUCCAAGUCACCGAACAAGCACAACCGUCUCUACGUUAUUGCGUGCCCGUUGGGUGAUGAAGUGUCGGAUGCUAUCGAGUCCUACCAGAUCAACAUGCAGCAAGACGUCAAGAAGCGAGCACGUAUAAUGGAAAUUUUUCUAAUAGCUUUAGUCUCUCACGAGCUCAAUUUUCUUCGUGGUCCAUCACUUCAAGCUGUUGGUGAUCGUAGUAGAUUUUGCAUAUCAAAAAUACGACGAUCACUCGAUGUGUAGUAGCUGACACCUGGAUCCGGAUUGUCGUCGGAAAGCAAUACUACCUGGUCGACAUGAUUACAACCUUUUAAGGCUUAAUCUUUUCCGAGACAAAAGCCAAUGCGGACAAAAAAACUGAGACAUACGUAUGAUCGACCCCUGUGUCAAAGACAUAACAACCAGUAGGUGCUCUUCUCGACGACAGAUCCAGAAGAUCCUUGUAUUCGUAUGAGAAUGACCGGUCUCGCUUCCUUUCCACGUAGUUCUCACGUAGGUCCAAAUCUUUUCACCUUAGAAUAAAUGUCAUCGACAAUGAUCCACAACCACACCACCUACCCACUUCAGGUAUCCUCAUUGACGAGUAUGGUUGGGAGAAGACUGACUGCCUCAAGAUCUGGGGCUUCGGACCUAAUGAUAUCGAUGUUGGUGGUGCGAACGUGCUUGUCGAUCAGACUAAGGGUAUCCAGUACUUGAACGAGAUCAAGGAGUCCGUGAACUCCGGUCUCCAGUGGGCUGCUCGUCAGGGCCCUCUUGCCGAGGAGAACAUGCGUGGUGUGCGAUUCAACUUGAUGGAUGUCAAGCUCCACGCCGAUAGUAUCCAUCGUGGUAUGGGUCAGUUGCAGCCGACCGCUCGUCGUGUCUUCUUCGGAGCUGUCUUGACCUCCGACGCUCGAUUCAUGGAACCGAUCUUCAAGUGCGUCGUCAACUGCCCAGAAGAUGUCCUGCCAGGUGUGCAACAGGCUAUCAUGGCGAAGCGAGGUAUUCUUGACUUUUCUACUUGCUUUUUUAUUUGCCUCCAUGGCCGUUUAGAGGCAGGAGAAAAACUGCAUUUCUUCGAGACUUCUCCAAAGCCAUUUAAACCGCACUACAGGUGAAACCCAGCAUUCCGACACUAACAACGGAAAGUCUUCUGUUGUCGCUUUCCUGCCCAUCGCUGAAACCCUUGGUGACGAACCGUUCUCCAAGGUCCUGCAGACCAAGACUAGUGGUAAGGCUUUGGCCACAUACCAGUUCGAUCACUGGCAGUUGAUCCAGACCGAUCCGCUUGAGAAGGGUUCCAAGGCGGAACAAAUCAUGCUUGACAUCCGUGACCGUAAGGGUCUCAAGGUCGAGCAUCCGGACAUCUCGGAGUACAUUGAUCGAUUGUAAUUUGAGAUAGUGGAGGACGAGGAGGUGGCUACUUACUGUGGUCACUACGCUUGCGAUUGGUGUCCGCUGUUGGCGAGGACAAAGAGAAGGGCUACUCUGUUAUGAAAGAGAGACGAUGAGGUGACUCCCGACCUGUCGACCGGACCUGACGCGAGUGGUAAAGAACAAGAGAACUUAGAUCAUUUCAUAUACUGUUGCUGUACCUUUCAGCAACUAGACAAUUCUCAGCAUAUUGUACUAGAAUUUUGGGUAGUAGAAGAAGAACGCAACUACUCCUUAUGUAAUAAAAGCAAAAUAAUUCUAUAUGGUCAUAAAGUGCAUCAAACUUUCGAAUAAUGUUGUCUACCUACUGUCGUGAAAACGAUUCCCAUCAUCAUGUAACGAUAUGAAUAUCAGACUGGAUUAUAAACUACAAAUCACUCUUCAUCACUUCUGAGUUACGUAACACAUCAUAGAAAUGUCGUCCCCGGCUGCGGUCGCGACAUCGUUUCACAGCGGCCGUGUGACGCGCUCAUACGCUACGUCGCACGUCGUCAUGCACUAGGCCCUUCCACGUGCUGGAAGAGUCUAGAUUCAGAAGUAUAGUUUACGCUAGAUUGAUGAAGAAAAUGAACUUAAAAAUGAUGAAACAAGUACUGUACUAUGUAUUGAACGAAAGAAUCUAUCACCAGCACGGAAAAGACGACAACUUCAGUAAUUGUCUUCUAAGUACAGGAAUCUACACAGCAUGGUUUCCAUACAUAGGCCAAUAUGCAUGAAAAUUAUGCCCAACGCGGUACGAAGGACGGGGUAGAUGCGCUCGCGCAGUACUAUGAAGGACUUGUGAAUCAUAACAGGAACUACAGCACUUUGAAAUACUGUGACAUGGAGAUCUAACGCUGAAUACUUGAUUGAUGUGCGACAAAAACGAACAAUAAGAACAGAAAGAACGCUACAACUUCGUGGUCAAGGAAUGGCUGACGUCGAAGGUUCCGCGAAGUGAAGGAGAAGAAUAAGAGCUUGCUUGCCCAUCGCGGUGUUCAGAGGG